CCUUUCAUAAUGAUAAGAGAACCUUUAGUUACUCUAAUACAAUCAUUUUCCUCCUUGAAAAGAUAAUCGUUUGAUUCUAACAUACCUAAAGAAAUCUAAUUUCUCUUUAGUUCUGGUAUGUAUCUGACAUGUUGCAGUAUUUGUUUAGCUCCAUCAAAAUUCUUUAUCCUUAUUGUCCCACUGUCGACCACUCCGCAAGCUUUAUUGUAUACAAGUAGUACGGACCCACCAUUGGCCAGUUGAAGUGUCUCGAACCAAUCUUUAGGAGGGCACAUGUGGAACUAGUAGACCGAGUCGAGAAUCCAAUCUUUGUUGGAUUCUGACUCGGUGAUUACCAGAGCUUUGACCGACUCAUAGCCAUCAGAGGUUAUGCUUGCUUUUCCUGAAUUUUUUUGGCUUUUCUUGAAAGUUUUUCUUCCUGCCAGAGUAAUUCUUCUUGAAGUGACCUUCCUUGUGGCAAUGGUAACACUUGUAAGGUCCAUUUGAUGACUGAUUUUUGCUCUUUUUUCCUUGUCUCGUUCUUGAUUUGUUCUAACCGUUUUAUGAAUCUUUCUUGUCUGAUCUCCCUCUAACGGUAAGACCAUCUCCGCUGCUUUUCUCAUUCAUUCAUGUUUCCUUUGAAGUUUUUCAGCUCUGAUCAACGAUUGAACCUUUUCUAGUGAAAUUGUUUGCACCCUUCCAUAGAGCCUUGCAUCUUUAAAGUGCUUGUAACUCUUGGGAAUGGAGCUUAGCAACAACAACACCUUAUCCUCAUCUUCCAUCUUAACGUUGAUAUUUUUAAGAUCAUCUAUGAUCUUGUUAAACUCAUCAAUUUGCUCUGAAACCUAUUUAUCUUCGUGCAUGUUGAAGGAGUACAGGCGUUACUUCAAGAAGAGUCUGUUGGCCAGGGAUUUCUUCAUGUAGAGCAGUUCGAGUUUAGCCCAGAACACCUGAGCCGUCGUUACACUAGACACUUUCCUCAGAGCUUUGUCAACCAAGCUCAAGAUUAUCACGCUAUAAGCUCCAUCCAAGAUGUUGUUCUUCUCUCUCUCGGAUCUUGGCCAAUAAUGUUGUUGGCCCUUUUAAUGCUUUUGCGACUCCUUGUUGCACUAACAGGGCUCUCAUAUUGACUCUCCACAAGCCGAAAACAUUCUUUUCGGUGAAUUUUUCAAUGUCAAACUUAGCAGAUCUCAUUGUCGUGGCUAGAUUUCCACAUAUGAUGCCAAUUAUUGAAGAAUCUACUCUAGAAAACCUGUAGGACAACAAAUGAGAAAAUGAACUAAAAGAAAAAAAUCAAUUAAGAACACCAAGAUUACGUGGUUCGGUUCAUAAGGCCUAAAUCCAUAGGAGAGAAUCAAGAAUCAAAUUCACGAAGACAAUCAUAACGAUUACACCGCUCAAUCCUAGAGAUGAACCAUAUUUUAAAACUCUCGCUCGAUCUUUCACUCGAUACAAGCUUUCUUGAUUCCUCUCUUCGAUCUCAGAUUUUCUCCACUUAACCCUCUCAACUCACAUACAUCAUUAUAUAUAUAGACAAUGACUCUUCUGAAGUUGAUUGGUUCAACCUCUAUCAUAGCCAAAUGACUGUUAUCUCCUUUAGCUAUUGAAACCUCCUUGUAAGUUGCAGCGUUGUCUUAGUUCGCCUAAUUGAGAGUCAUCAUAACAAGAACAGGCGAAAGCUUCACACGAUUGGGAAGAGCAGAGAUCAUGUGAAGCCUUCAAGGGAAGGAGGGGAGUUGGCUUUGUUCUAAUUCAAGGAAGAUUGAGUGGCUUGGGUUAAGGCAGAGCGGAAGAAACGGUGCUUCUUGCAUGCGAGCUUCGCUAGGCGAAGGUUGAGUUGCGUACACAGAGGAAGAAAAGCAAUGAAACGAAAAAGAAAAAAAAAACAAUAAGGUGCUUACGAUUGUGUCACGACCUAGAGAGCCUGAGGGAGAGAGAGCAGUGGAAUGAGAAGGGGACGGUGGAUAAACAGAAAAAAAAAUGUUUCAGAACCGGAGUCCAGUGAAAACUUGCCAUGUGACAAGUCAGCCUAAAAUUUUUUAAAAAUCACCCAUAACCAGUGUAUUACAAUGGGACCCACUUAUCACAUGAGAAGUUUUCCAUUGGCCCACUCUCGAAUAGACAAAAUCUUUUCUGAAGUCUUGUGCAGCUUCUAUGUUGAAUAGUGUGUGGAGACAAGGGUUUCAAAUAGGGGAGGGAAGAAGAGACUGAGAGGUAUGAAUGAGAUUGUGAGCAGUUACCAGGAGAAAAUUUUCCAUACGGAGUCCGGACGUGGCUCUGCAUGCGGAUUAAAAAUAUGUUAUCUUAUGUGCUACAUUAUGGGGGUUGUUGGAGGGUUAUUGAAGUGAACCAAAGAGCUUAUUGGGGGAUUAUUCAAUUGGAACUGCGGUGGUUAUUAGGGGGCUAUUGGGGGUUAUUGAUGAAGUGGAACGGUGAAGGUUAUUGGGGGGUUAUUGCUAGAGUUAUAGCAAAUACUUAUUGAAGUGGAACCGCGAAGGUUAUUGCGACGUUGUUGGAGUUAAUACUUCAAUAACUCCCCAAUAACCCUUUGAAUAACCUCUGCAGUUGCACUCCAAUAAUCUCCGUAGUUCGACUCCAAUAACCUCUACGGUUCCACUUUAAUAUUUUUUUAGGUGGGCUCGAUAUAGCACGCAUUGGGGCAUAUUAUAGGAGUCCGCAUGUAGAGCUGCGUCCGGACUCUGUAUGGAAAAAAUUGGGGCAUAUUAUAGAAGUCCGCAUGCAGAGCUGCGUCCGGACUCUGUAUGGAAAAGAUUGGGGCAUAUUAUAGAAGUCCGCAUGCAGAGCUGCGUCCGGACUCUGUAUGGAAAAGCUUUUUAGUUACCAGAGCCUAUCAGGCAUCUUUCUACUUCAAAUCAAAGUGCUUCGCAUGAACGGUUAUGAGGGUGGAAUAUGCUGGGUCUUGGUGUCAUUACAAGGACAACAUUGAAUCCAACAAUCUGAUAAUGGCACAUUGUGCUGGAGAAGAAGACUUAAUAAGGCCUCAAAACGUGCUUUGUGCCACUCAUCUUGAGACAUUUAAUGGGUUUCUAUCAGAAAUUAAUUCUUAUAAUAUACUGGAUCCCGUAUGUUCUGAUGAACCUCCAACGUCAGCUAUGAGGUCUUUGAGGGAGAAUCCAGAGGAGUUCAUCAGCUUACCAUUGUCAUCAAUUCCUGAUAUUUCUUGUAUAACCGCUGAGCUUCUUGCCAAUUACUGGGGGAAUCACCAUCUUGUGAAAAAGGCACUCCAUGUCAAGGAGGGAACAACUGAACGAUUUCACCGCUGUGAUUUCAAUGUGAAUUCGUAUUAUUACACACGAAGUGUCCCAAGCACUGUACCUUAUCACUAUAGUUUCAUUACUCGAGGAUUUCGAGCUCUAGUUUACAGUGGUGAUCAUGAUCUGAGGAUUCCAUUCUUGGGCACGCUAGAGUGGAUAAAAUCUCUCAACUUUUCCGUCUUGGAGCCAUGGCGAUCGUGGCAUGCUGGCGGACAAGUUGGAGGAUACACCAUUUUGUUCUCAAACAAUUUAACUUUUGCAACUGUAAAGGGUGGAAGUCAUGUAGCACCGGGUAAAAUGCCGUUAGAAUGUUUUGCUAUGUUUGAAAGUUUUGCCAUGUUUGAAAGAUGGAUUUCUCACGAGAGUCUCUGA